AUGCCCAUCCUGAAGUUAUCUCUGUUUACGUUGCUUGGCCUUUCUGGUCAAGCAGUAUCCCAACUGUACAGCAAUUCGAGCAGUUCUGAAGAUGGGACCGUAAAUAUCCAGUGGUUAGACCAGAAACCUGCUUACAAUCCUGGUACGACUUUUGGAGUGCCAUGGCCUCGAGGAAAAUAUAAGGCCAACGACACGAUCUUUGCGGUAUCGUCUGAGAGUGGCCCUCCUGUCGCAUCCGAAUCUUGGAUUACAGGAUACUGGUCCGACUCUUCUGUCAAAUGGACGGCCCAUGCCAUCGCAGCUGGUGUACCAGAGGAUGGCUACACUGUCACUGCACUAUCGAAGGACUCGACGCGCAGCACUUCUGAAAAUACCACUUUGACAGUGCAUGAUGGCCCGGACAUUAUCGAGAUCAAUACUGGCAAGAUCGCUGUCUCCUUCACAAAGACUGGCAACGUUCUCGUGAAGGACAUAAAGACGUCGAAUGGUCAGGUUGUUGGGCAAGAUGGCAAACUCAUUCUUCGUUCACAAUCAUCUGUUUUCGACGACGAAGACAAACAAGGUCAACUCGCCCCCGAAUAUUUCAACUUCGAGAGCAAGAUAGACAACGUCACCGUCUCCAAAGACAACACCGCCCGUGCUCUAGUCACUGUUCGCGGUGAUCAUCGACAGGUCCAGGUUGGAAACUCGUCGUCUUCUACCCACAAAGAUUGGCUUCCCUUUGUUGUUCGUUUCUAUCUCUAUUCCAAUUCGGAAUCAAUCAGGAUCGUACACUCCCUGAUAUACGAUGGGGUUCCCAAAACCGAUUUUGUACGCGGUAUUGGUCUCCGCUUUGAUGUUCCUCUCGAGGACGAAUUCUACGAUCGUCACAUUCGUAUUGCUGGUGUGAAUGGCGGGAUACUAAAUGAAGCCGUUCAAGGCAUCACAGGACUCAGAAGAGAUCCCGGACAAGCGGUACGGACUGCGCAGUAUCAAGGCAAGAAGACUCCUGCUCUCGAUACUUGGGACACGAGAGUCUCUUCUCGGCUAAAGUGGAUCCCUACAUGGAACGACUAUAGCUUGACUCAGCUAUCUUCUGAUGGCUUCACUCUGAAGAAGAGGACAAAAGCCGGUCAGUCUUGGAUCAACAUUCCUGGCAGCACACAAGCUGGAGGACUUGCAUACCUUGGAGGAGCUACAAAAGGUGGUCUUGCUGUCGGGCUCAGAAACUUCUGGAAGCAAUAUCCUUCCCAACUGGAUGUUUCGAAUGCUGCUACAGAUGUCGGUUCGAUCACUGUUUGGCUGUACAGUCCUGCUGCCCAGCCACUGGAUACCAGGCCCUACCAUGAUGGCCUAGGCGAAGCCGACUAUGCAGAUCAACUUGACGCUCUUGAGAUAACUUACGAGGAUUGGGAAGGAGGUUACGACUCGCCUUAUGGUGUCGCAAAGACAAGCGAACUCUUCCUCUUCGGCUUCGAAAACACUCCUGAGUCUGAUUCUCUUGCAACUUUGACCGAGUAUAUCAACUCUCCACCUGUUCUCGUUGCCGAUCGCGACCACAUUGCUCACUCAGAAGCUCUCGGAACUUACUGGCAGCGUCCCNAAAACAGCAGUGCAUCUGCCCGACCCAUCGAGGAUCAUCUUGACUUCCUUACCGAGUUUUAUCAAGGCCAAGUGUCUCAGCGUAAGUGGUAUGGCUUCUGGGACCAUGGCGAUGUAAUGCAUACAUACGAUGUCGAUCGCCACGAGUGGAGAUACGAUGUCGGAGGUUAUGCUUGGGACAACUCGGAACUGUCCCCUAACCUCUUCUUCUGGAACCAAUUCCUUCGGACUGGACAAGCCGAUCUAUAUCGCUUUGCUGAGGCCCAUACUAGGCACACUGGGGAGACCGAUGUCUACCACCUUGGUCCUUGGAAGGGUCUGGGAACAAGACAUGGCAUAAACCACUGGUCAGACUCAUCUAAGCAGAUCCGCAUCUCGCAGCCACAGUAUCGUAAGGUGUUCUACUAUCUGACUGGCGGUGACGAAAGAACAGGCGACCUUCUCACGGAAAUCUUAGAUGCCGAAAAAGCCUUCCUGGUCGUUGAUCCAAGGAGAAAAGUACGAGCUGCAAAUAUCACCUAUGUCGCUGACCCCAAGGCUCUUCUCAUCGAUGUUGGUCUAGAUUGGUCAGGGCAAGCAGCAGCCUGGCUUAUCGAGUGGGAGCGCCGUGGACCUCGCUGGCAAGAGGCGAAAUCCAAACUUCUCGAGACCAUGAGAGGCAUUGCAGACUUGAAGAAUGGCUUCGUAACUGGUGAAGCGCUCUACAACCUCUACAAUGGCACCAUCAGUCCUCCGUCCCAAGAUCCUGACAACAAAGGCGUGGUCGCGGUAUCGCAUCUGACCGCAGUAUUUGGCCUCGUGGAAGUCAUCGCAGAACUGACAACACACCUCGGCGAUGCCUUCNCUGCGGACUUUGAAAAGGCUUGGUUGGACUACUGCUACUACUUCGGCGCCACACAAGCAGAACAGAAAGCCAGAUACGGUGAAGCCUUUGGCAAAUUGAACCUUUACCAAGGACAUUCGCGCUUGACAGCCUAUGCUGCGAAUACACUGCACAAUGCGACAUUGGCUGCUCGCGCUUGGAACGAAUUCUACAACACCGACGGAUUCAAGGCAGAUGCACCGUGGAAGACUGAACGUGUUGAGGGGAGUAAAGUACUUUUCCCUGUCGAUGAAGCAGCUUGGGUGAGCACGAAUGAUGUGGGCCAGUAUGGUUUGGCGGCAAUUGAGAAUCUGGCGUUGAUUGGCGGGUAUCUGCCGUAG